UUUUUUUUCCGUCAUUUCCAGAUUAGCCAAUUUGAUAUAGCUGCUUCUGAGCUUUAUCCGUAUCCAUCGGUCUCGCAGAAACUUCGUGACAUCUCCAAGGAUGCCAUUCAUCCGGGCAGCGAAACGCAUCAUCACACACAUUGUGCUGCAACAGCAAAUUUCACGUACGUCUACGGUGAUUUAGAAAAUGCAUCUUUGAAGUACCGCGAAGCACUGAAUCGAAUAGAAACACUGCUUUUGCGAGAGAAGCCCGGUGAUCAUGAGUGGAUUGAUCUCGACAAACAGAACAUACCUUUAUUUCUGAAUCUUUCACUGUGCUGCUUGAACAAAAAGCAAUAUUAUGAAGCAAUUGAUGCGGCAAGUGAAGUCUUGAAAAGGGAUGAGCUGAACGAAAAGGCGCUAUACAGAAGAGCGAAAGCAAGGAUCGCUGUUUGGGAUCUGGAAAAAGUA